AUGGUUAGCUUGAACUCAAUCUCUGGCACAAUACCACCUGAAAUCAGUUCUCUUUCCAAGCUCAUCCAACUUAACUUGUCCACCAAUCAAAUUUUCGGGAAAAUCCCAGAGCGAAUUGGUCUGGUUUCUGACCUUCAAGUCCUAGUCCUGUCCAACAACAAGCUGAAUGGUUCAAUUCCUAAAGAAAUAGGCUAUUUAGCCUCACUCACUGAGCUUGAUGUUCAUGCAAAUUCUCUGGGUGGUCCAAUUCCUACUUCCUUAGGAAAUCUGACCAAUUUGGCUUACUUGCAUUUGGAGAUAAAUUCACUUUCUGGAUUAAUUCCUUUAGAAAUGGGAAAUCUGUCUGAAUUGGUUGAACAUUACUUGAAUAAUAACACUCUCAACGGUCCUAUUCCUUCAUCUUUUGAGGCUGAUGCUCUUCUCCAAUGGAAAGCUAGUCUACAAAACGAUCCCAACAAAGUCCUUUCUUCAUGGACUUACAAACCCAAUAACAAUUCCUUUAACUCUUCCACCAAAACUCAACCAAGCACAACUACUCCAUGCACUACAUGGUUCGGAAUUUCUUGCGACAUUGCCGGAAAUGUUAUCGGAAUAAACCUUACUAAUUGUGGUUUAGAAGGUACGCUUCAAAAUUUCUCUUUCUCAUCCUUUCCAAAUCUUGCAUAUUUUGAUCUCAGCUUGAACUCAAUCUCUGGCACAUUACCACCUGAAAUCAGUUCUCUUUCCAAGCUCAUCCAACUUAACUUGUCCACCAAUCAAAUUUUCGGGAAAAUCCCAGAGCAAAUUGGUCUGCUUUCUGACCUUCAAGUCCUAGUCCUGUCCAACAACAAGCUGAAUGGUUCAAUCCCUAAAGAAAUAGGCUAUUUAGCCUCACUCACUGAGCUUGAUGUUCAUGCAAAUUCUCUGGGUGGUCCUAUUCCUACAUCCUUAGGAAAUCUGACCAAUUUGGCUUACUUACAUUUGGAGAUAAACUCAUUUUCUGGAUUUAUUCCUUUAGAAAUGGGAAAUCUAUCCGAAUUGAUUGAACUUUACUUGAAUAAUAACACUCUCAAAGGUCCUAUUCCUUCAUCUUUCGGUAACUUUAAGAAGCUAAAAGUGUUAUCCAUUUUUCAAAACCAACUCUCUGGUGCUAUUCCUAGGGAAAUAGGAAAUUUGAUAUCUCUCAAGGAGCUUAGACUCCAUUCCAGUAAUCUUUCUGGUCCAAUCCCAGAAUCAUUAUAUGAUCUGAGAAACCUUAGCUAUAUUCAUCUCCAGCGCAAUCAACUUUCUGGACCAAUUUCAGAGGAAAUUGGAAAAUUGAAAUCUCUUAUUGGUCUAGAAAUAUAUGAGAACAAACUAAAUGGUUCUUUUCCUAUUUCCAUUGGAAACUUGACCAAAUUACAAAUUCUUUACAUUCGUGACAACUAUUUUUCCGGUUCUAUUCCAAAAUCAAUAGAAAAUCUCAGAGAUUUGGCUGUGCUGAGAGUGGCCAGAAACAAUUUUACUGGUUAUUUGCCUGAAAACAUCUGCCAAGGUGGUAAGCUUCAAUACUUCACUGCUAAUGGAAAUUAUGACCUUAUUGGUCCAAUGCCUAAAAGCUUGAGAAAUUGCACAAGCUUGGUUAGAGUCCGCUUAGAUGGAAACCAAUUCACUGGAAAUCUUUCUGAAGCUUUUGGUGUUUAUCCUGAUUUGGAUUAUAUAAACCUGAGCAACAACACAUUUUAUGGUGAAAUUUCGAAAGAUUGGGGAAGUUGGUAA